UAUUAAAGAUCAAGGACACAUUCUCAGAUCCAAAAGUCAUGGCAGGUCAGAGUUCACUACCUUGUGAUGUGGUUCAGGGACUCAAGCCAAAAAAGAGAAGAAAUAGCGGAAGUGAUGUUGAAAAUAACGAAGGUAGCCAUGAAGAUCUGGAGGGAUUCCGUGUUAGAUUCUGGUCUGUCAGGCAGAAAAAAUCCAAGCGAUGUUUUCUUAGAGUUUCAGCUUCCCUGGCCAGUCUCAUUUCAAAGAGCAAACGUAAAAGUGCUUGCGACAGCUAUAAAACAUCCAGCCUAUUGUUAAGUAAACCAAUCUCCGAGUACGUACCCCCAAAUCCCUCUCCAACGAAAAGAAGAGCCCAGCAGACGUGGGCAGACUCGUUUGUUAGUGAUCAAGGGAGCUCAUGUAUUCCCGCUCUGUCGAGCACCGACUUCAAACGGCAGGAGGCUAUAUAUGAGUUAUAUAAGGGAGAACAGGACAUGGUUGAAGACUUGAUUACGGUCACAAAGAUGUACAGAGACUCGCUGGCAACAUUGCGGCUGUUGACUCCAGCUGAAGUUGCUACACUGUUUGGCAACAUCGACACGUUGAUUCCACUACAUAAAGAUUUAGUUGCCAGGUUGCAGUGUCAACGAAAACCUGACGGAACCACGCAGCAUGUUGGCAAACAGAUCUAUGAAUGGUCCGGUGGUCUUCGUGCCUACGUGAAAUAUUGCGCAAACCAAAUCAAGGCCAAAGCGCUUUUUGACGAGAAGAGGACUGACCCAGCAGUUGAAGAUUUUCUGGAACGAUGUCUCGCUUCUCCAUUCAGCCACAAGUUGGAUCUAUGGAGCUUGCUAGAUGGUGCCAGGAGCCAUUUCGUAAAGUAUCCUCUUCUUGUGAACAGUAUUCUCAAAUAUAUUCCGAGUGAUUCCGGUGAGGCAGAUUUCUUGAAGCAGUCUAUUAAAGUGAUAGAAAAUAUAAUCCAUGAAGCGGAUGAACAAAUGGGCGUAGCCAGUUGUGAGCAAUGCAAGUCCACUUUGGUUUACCUGUUUGAUGAGCAGAAAAUUCUAGAGAUCGAGCAAUCCGUGACUCUCGUGUGCAGUGGCUGCAUGAAGAACAUCAAAGGAAAUAAGCUGUACGUGUUCCUGUUUGACAAGGCAGCCGUGGUGUCUCGGUCUAUAUCUCAGGACGGGAAACAAAUGUACCAGGUUUACCGCCAGCCCAUUCCAGUAGCAGAAUUAAUUGUUGAAGAUUUGCCAGACGGUGAGGUCAAGCUGGGGUCAUUCCGCAGUGCAUUUGGACAAGGCGGAUCUACAGUGAAAAAUUUGAUACGGAUCUCAUUUCAAAACUCCGAUAGAGGCCAGUCUCACACAUUAAUCGCCAACGAUGAACACGACAAACGGCAAUGGAUGCAUGCCUUCAACAAAAUAACCUCUAAAAUUAUCACUGUUUUAGGAGAGAGCAAGCUUCAAGACAGACCGUUAAAUAGCUGA